AUGAUGAAUCUGGAGGAACAAAAUGCUACACUUGUGACCGAGAAUUUCUGCCUUGCAUCAUCGGUGAAGGAGUUAGAGAUAAAAUUGAAGGAAUUGGAGCAAAUGUUGAGCCAAAAGACUCACACCUCAACAGCAGCUCAGCAGCACAGCUCCCCACCACCUACCUCUGCAGAUGAAAAAAAUGAAUCAAAUGGAGCUGCAUCUAAGGCUGCUGAAAACGCAGAAAAUAAAGAUCAAUCGACUGUUGAGGAAGCUCAGUCCCAUGGCAUCUGCACAGUCGAAGAAUGUGCAGCAGCAGCAGCAGCUCAAUCUCCACCUCACUGCACAGUGCAAGAAGAAACUCAAUCGACAACUCCAUCGCAAAAGGACUCACUGUUCCAGAGCCCCACAGUCUGCAUGCUCACAGUCGAAGAAAUGGAAAAACAACCUGACAUGUUUCAGAUAGUGAAAAGUCCUGUAGCUGCGCGUGGCCUUCCACUUUGUACGUUGAGCCCAGAGAAAGAGCAGAAGACACCAGAGGAGAACAAAAAAGGCGAGUUAACAAUGCGCCUUACAGAGCAACAUUCUGGUGAAACUGUAUCAUCAAUGGGUCUCUACUCUUACGUUGUGAGAUUAAAGAAUAGGAAAAGAAUACAGAAAAAGGACAACAUUUACUGGUGGGGGGAUGUGAAAGCAAAACGAAAGAAGAAAGCAAAGGAGAUUGAAGAGAGAUUGAAAGAGGCUGAAAAGAAAGAAAAAGAAGAAAAAGAAAAGAAGAUGAAGGCCUCACUGCCAGAGGCUGAAAUUAAAAGGAUAGAACAGAUGGUAGCACAACAGAAGUUGGACGAUGUACCAGAGGAUGUUCUGGAAGCAAUAAGACAGAUGGACGCUGCAGAAAAUGCACAAAUCAAUAAAGAGCAAGAGGAGAAACAGCUACCUCCUGAGGUCGUAGACUGGGAGGAGAGCAAAGUAUACAAUUUUAUGGACCAGGACACAAAGAGGAGAGUCCAGAAAUACUGGCAAAAUGCACCAUCAGGAGUAUACUUCUGGGAUGGAAGACAGUAUGGAGCACAAGUUUCAAGACAGGAUUUAAAAGACAUGAUCAUGGACGAACCGAUAGCAAGCAAUUGCAUCGAAUGUUAUGGAAUUCUCUUGACUGAUCAGCUGUUGGAGAAAGAAUCACAAGGCUUGGAUGUCCCAACUUUUAUGAAUCCCUUGUGCUGGAAUUCUGCAGAAAAUUUGACGGUGUAUUAUGUACAUCUGUACCUCUGCGAACCACUGUUCCAGAAUCUGGCAAGAUCCAACUAUAUAUUCUUCCCAAUCUCACAUGAAUCAGGAUUUCAUCAUACACUGCUCAUUUUUGACAAGGAAUUAAAGAACUGGUCCCACUGUGAUUCAAAAAGACCGAAAAAAUCAUCAACUGGAAAAUCCUUUAAAAAUGUACAAAAAAUGGUUGACAUGGUAGAACUUUGGAUGACAGCAGUAAAAGAACAAGCCGAUGACAUGCUGGAACAGGGAUGCAGAAUGAAAUUUGAUGAAAAGAACAGUUCAGAAGAAGAACUGAAAAUGAUGGAAGUUCCAUUGACUGAAACCGAGAGAGAAAGCAUAAAGUGGAUCAAGAAUAACUAUAAAACAAAAAUGGCAGUGACAGAACUCAAAGACAACCCUCAGCAAGCAGAAGAUUCAUUGGAUUGCGGACUUUUUGUAAUGUACACAAUGGAGAAAAUUUCGAAAAAAGGGAGAGUUCCAAAGAAGCUCACAAAGGAUGAUAUUUUGAAGUUUAGAGCUCAUGUUGUAAAGUCAUUUGCAGAAAAAAACAAAAAUAACCUGACUGAAGGUACUUUAGAGCUGCUGCAGAAAACACCCUUUGCAACGCUGAUAGAUGCAUUCCAUGGAGGUUCAAUUAAAGAAAAGGAUGCAAAGAAAUCAGAUGAUUUAAUCACACUUCUGCUACAAGCAUACAACAGUGACACAGACCUUUUUGUGUUUGGGAACAAGAAAUUCAGAAUGUCAACAAGUGAUAUAUCUAUGAUUUUAGGAGUGCCGGCAUCCGGGUUAUCAGUACCAAAGACCAAAGAAGGGGCAUACAAAUCUGAGUUCGUGAGUAAAUACUUUGACAAAAAGCAGAGGAUCAACAAGACGGCUGCAGAGGAAGCUUUGAAGAAGGCAUUGGCAGAAACUCCAGAAACAGGGGAUGAAAAAAUGAAACGGGAAAGAAAUGUUGCCGUAUUAGUACUCUUGAACCUUUUCAUCAAACUCCUGUUCCCAAACUCUGGAGGAACAAUAUCUUGGGACUAUAUAAGAGUAUGUGAAGAGGUGGAAAGUCUAGGAAAAUAUAGCUGGGCAAAGGAAGUUGGCGACUUCCUUAAAAAAUCAAUUAAACGAAAGGCAAAAGAAUCCCAAAACAUGGCAGGUUGCGUGAUAUUGGUGAUGGUAACUGGCUAG